UUCUAUAAGCUUCAGUUGCAAGCAACAUUUUGUACGUGCAUUUCUUCAUGAUUGGCAGCCGGAGGAAAGGGUCAACCUGUAGCCACACUACAGCUUGGAGUUUGCUUAUUUUAACCAUUGAUUAUUGAUCACAACACCUGAAUCUCUAGCAGGAGAUCAUCCUGAUAACCACCUGCGCAACCCCCAUAAAACGAAACAUUAAUGAAAGAGUGAGCCAUGUACACCACUGUGUAAGAGGUCACGAAGAGCCAGAAGCUAGCUCUGCGAGAAAAAAGAUCUUAUAUAGAUAUAUCUAGAUAAAUGCCCCAAACUCCAACGACCGAUAACAACCCUGAUCGCUAAGAUCGAGAGUAAAACCACAUAACCGAUGAAUCAUGCGUAUCGAAUAGUCGCAGCAAUUUGAAAAAAAAAAAGUCGAAGAACCUAGCUAGCUAACUUAUACGCAAAUAACCUAGCUAGCUAGCUAGCUAACUUAUAUAAGUGCUACUUUAACUCUGAAGCUUUUAUAGACCCGAAGGAAAAGGAAGAAGUGUGUUCGAGCUGAGUGAUAAUUUACCAUACUUAUUACACACAGUUUUGUUAUAUCUUACGAAAACAACGUCGUCAUUAAACUCAUAGCUGCAAAUAUGUCAAUUAUUGGAUUCCAGUGGAUACGUUUCUUGGAAAAUCAGUUUCCCAGCAUCAUAAAUGGCCACGUUCUUACCACAACCUAAUCAAGAAGAAAGAAAGAAAGAAAGCGGAACGGACAAGAUUCAACGAUUUAUUGCAUAUCAUCCGGCGACAUUCCUCACGGUUAGCCUCGGAAAAAAAGUAAAAAAAUAAUAAUAAUAUGCACGUACGUAGAUAAAAAAAAAAAAUUUAAAGAAUAAAGUCCGCCAGAAGUUCGGCGCGGUUUGGCUUCAUGAUUUGAUUGCUACAGUCGUGUUAUAUAGCAAUUACCAUGCACACUUCGGCUCUAUAAAUUAUGGUGGCUAUAUGGUCCGGUCCGGUUAAAUUGGACCAAAUUGAUCCGGUCCCAGUCCGGUCUUUUUGGAAAUAUGAGGACUAAAGAUUGGAUUGGAUACAGUCCGGUCUUGAUCCGGUCGGUUCCAAUUUGAUCUUGAUUUUAGGUGUUGGGGGUCUCUUAUCCGGGUUUUUUUUUUACCUCAAAUCUGACCCCGAAUAUAAGAUUGGAUUGUUUGCUAUCUGGUCUCAAACCGGUCCGAUCCGGACUAUACGGUCCAUUUCGGGUAAAACCAAGUCAGCCCUACUAUAAAUACCCAUUUCCCCACCCGCUCUUCAUCUUCACCAUCCACCACAAACCGAUUCAACUUCCUCCUUCCCCCUUCAAUAACUACCAAAAACAACAAUGGCGGCCUUCUUCCCACUCCUCUCCGUUCUGAUCACAUUCCUCACCACUUACUUAGCCACAUCAGCUUCUUCUGCCGCCGCGGUGGCCGCGCAGUACGCCGUCACCAGCUACGGCGCCAGGCCCGACGGCAGGACCGACUCCACCAGGGCCUUCCUCGCCGCCUGGAACAAAGCCUGCAGCUCCCCCUCUCCGGCCACCAUCUACGUCCCCACCGGAACGUUCUACCUCAAGAACGUCGCCUUCCAGGGCCCAUGCAAGUCCACCUCCAUCGCGUUCCUCGUCGACGGCACGCUCCUCGCCCCGUCCGAUUACGGAGUAAUCGGAACCGUCGGGAACUGGAUCAUGUUCCAUGCCGUCGACGGUGUCACCAUCUCCGGUGGCACCCUCGACGGCCAGGGCAAGGGCCUCUGGGCCUGUAAGGCCUCCGGAAAGUCCUGCCCUCAGGGCGCCACGAGCUUGGAAUUCAGCAAUUCGAAGAACAUACAGAUCAACGGCGUAGCUUCACUGAACAGCCAGCUCUUCCACAUCGUGAUCAACGGCUGCCAGAACGUGAAGGUGCAGGGCGUACGUGUGACGGCCGCAGGGGAUAGCCCCAAUACGGACGGGAUCCACGUGCAGGAAUCCAACGGCGUGACGAUCCUCAACUCCCGGAUCGGGACGGGCGACGACUGCAUAUCCAUUGGGCCGGGAGCGACCAACCUGUGGAUCGAGGGCGUCUCUUGUGGGCCGGGCCACGGGAUCAGCAUCGGGAGCCUGGGUAAAGAGUUCCACGAGCCCGGGGUCCAGAACGUGACCGUCAGGACCGUCACGUUCACGGGGACGGAGAACGGCGUCAGGAUCAAGUCGUGGGGCAGGCCCAGCACCGGGUUCGCCAAGAACGUGCUGUUCCAGCACGCCGUCAUGAAUAACGUCCAGAACCCGAUCGUGAUCGACCAGAACUACUGCCCGGGGGAGAAGAACUGCCCCGGUCAGGAUUCCGGGGUUAAAGUGAGCGACGUUACGUACCAGGAUAUUCACGGGUCGUCGCAGACGGAGGUCGCCGUUAAGUUCACGUGCAGUAAGGCGAGCCCUUGCACCGGGAUCAGGAUGGAGGAUGUCAAGCUGAGCUACAAGAAUAAGGUGGCCGGAUCGUCGUGUCAGAACGCCGACGGGACGGCUUCCGGCGUCGUUCAGCCUAGUAGCUGCUUGUAGAGAGUGGAGGCUGCAGGCGAGCAUGGACACAUUGGGAAAAAGUUGGCGGCGGCUGAAGAUUAUUCAUAUAUUUAUAUACAUAUAUAGGUUUAUACUCUAUACAACAAAAUAUAUAUACUUGCAAAGGAGAAGGAUAAUUUUCCAUAUAUAGUUUAUACUUUACACAAAGUUAUGGUUUGUAAUAAUAUACGUAUUAAUUAUUGAUUAUAUGAUAAAUUGAAACUAUGAGUGGUAAUUCGGAUGUUAUAGAUGUUUAACUGGUACCUUUAUUUAUUAAUUCAUUCAUUAUUAUUUUUUUAUUCUCCAAGAAGUUAUGACUAGCUCAUAAUUCUAUAAGAUUAACGGUAUUAUACAUGAGAAUAUUGAAUAACGAUUUAUCCUAAUUUACAAGGUAGAUGGUCUAAACUAAAUUUGUACUCGAAACCAUAAUAGUGUAGCAAAAGUAUAGCUCAAUGUAUACUGCAUCUAUAGUAUUUCAAACAUUUCACAUACUGAAAUAAUGUAGGGUUUAUAUAGAGUACAAUGACAGACUUGUAUAAUAACCUAUUAGGAUACAAUCCAAGUACCACAUCAAAAAUACAAUGGAAGGAACCCUUGUAUAUAAGUGUCCAUCUAGCCCAAUUAGUACCAGGCAUUUUGGGGAGGAUACCCAAGAGUAAAAUAGUGCGGGCUUGGCCCAAAGCGGACAAUAUCGUACUAAUUGAGCGGCCCGUUUUGACAAGUGGAAUCGGAGCCUGGUUCGGUUCGGGGUGGUGGACGUUAGUUCGGUGGGACCCUAGCUCAUUCGGUGACCUCGGGAUUUAUGAAAAUUAACUAAAUUCUAUGACUCUGAUAAGAAAUACAACUAUUAGUGUCUGUCCAAAUACAUAUUGCAAGGUUGUUUGGUAGUUCCAAUGUGGUACUUCGAUUGUAUCCUAACAUAACCCUAAGUCCUAACACUAAUAUGAAAAUUAACUAAAUUCUAUGACUCUGAUAAGAAAUACAACUAUUAGUGUCUGCCCAAAUACAUAUUGCAAGGUAAAAUAAAUGUCCAAAUACUGUGUAAUUUUUCAUCAAUAUUUUUACGACUUAUAUGAAAAAAAAUGGUACUAAAUCUUAAAAUAUAUUAAGUUUAUGUAUCGAACGGUAAUUUGCAAAUGAAACCCAUCAAUGAGACAUUGAUAACAGAGCUGUUAUAGGAGUAGUUACUGUAAUAAUACUCUUAUAAUUAGUGUUAGUAGAGUGCUAAGAGCUAGUAGCACCCUAUCCAAUCUCUAGAACAAGUCAUAAUAACCCCAAUUAAUUAAUUGGUUACUCUCUCUUUUGAUCUUAUUUUCCCCAAAAUAUAUGGAUGCCUUGGGAUGAUGCUGUGAUCAUGGAUUAAAUAAACGGUAAACAAGGCUUAUUUUCAGGGUCAUGUGGGCUAGAUUCGUACGUAACUUCCUCUAAUUCUGUUACCUGUUGUGGGGAAUAUUUUGUUUCAUUUCUUUACUAACAGUAUAGCCAAGCCAUGAGAAUUGAUGUAUGUACGGGCUCGUGUAUAACUUAUAUAUUAUGUAGUGAAUAAUAUAUAAUAUAUGGUAACGUUUAUUUGUAUACCAUACAAAAGUCGGUGUAUGUCGUACACCAGACAAUACACACAGUAAGCAUUUAUGUCGACGAUUAGUAUAAUUGCGGGUUCUGUUUUUUUGCACUCUAGACAUUAUGCUAUACUCUAACUUUUGAUGGAUACACUUUAGACUUCAAUUUGGUAUUUUUUUUAAUUUUUUUUACAAUUGUAAUAUGUGACUAGAAAAAUCAAAUUGAAAAAAUCCAUAAAAUAAUAAAAUACUAACAAGUUGGAAAUGAAUUGUAACACCUUAGGCGAAUCCCAUAUCGACAAAGUAAGAGAGAGAUCCAUGGUUCAUAAGUAAGAAAUGGACCUUAACUGA